AUGUAUACUUGUAGUACAACACCGGGAAAUUCUCAAACGACACUAGAACAAGGUAAUUGUCAACGAACAGGAUGUCCAACUGGUUUAUGUUGUUCAAAAUAUGGCUAUUGUGGAAAUACACCUGAACAUUGUGAUCAAACACCAAUUAGUAAUGGGAAUUGUAAAACUCAAGGUUGUCCUCGGGGACAAUGUUGCAGUGAUUAUGGAUUUUGUGGCACAACGGUUGCUCAUUGUAAAAAUGGUAAUAGUGUUCCAUUUGUACAAGGUGAUUGCCAACAAAAAGGUUGCCCACGUGGACUUUGUUGUUCAAGAUUUGGCUAUUGUGGCAGUACAGCAGCAUAUUGUUCAGGUACAUCAGGAUUGACUCCUUCGGGUAAAAAUUUAUAG